UUUUGAGGAUAGGGAAUCUGUGUAAUAUGGUUUACAAUCAGUCACCAGCUGGCGUUGUAAACCCAAGAACAGAUUCCCUAUCCUCCACUUUUCUAGUUGUUACGCCUACAGAUCUUAUGAACCGUCCUUUAACAUACAUAUUGCUAUCCCUGUAUCCUGCCUACUGAUAGUGCUGACUGCUCUAUUUAUGACAUCUCUAUGUCCUGAGUCCCGAAAUUUCAAAGAGUAAAUCGGUGAAAGAGUCAAGACUAUUGGUACCUCACUGUAAAGAUUAGAAUCAUCAAGAUUAAGAACAAUAAAAAGAAAUAAUGACGGUCAUUUCAAAUGAAUAAAGCAAUGAACUAGAUCAGUACAAAUUUCUAAUCGGUGACCGGAGUAUAUUCGUGAUCGUCCUGAUUGAGAGGUUUAUCAGACAUGAUGAGGUUCUGUCUAAAAGGACCGCUGCUUGCCCUACGAUCAAUUCGGUGCCCAAAAUUAAACUAUUCUACGAUGCCGUCGGAAGCGGUGGUCAUUGCAGACGAUGGAACGAUUGUUUGCUGGCAUCCUGAACAACAUUUUCCAUACCAAUACACCAAACCUUUGCCAGCUGAGAAAAUUGAGGAAAAUUCGGUGCUCAGUAAUCGAGCAAAAGAAGCUAUGGACGUAUUUAGGAAAAAACAUCCGGAGGUAGUACGGGAAGAACUGACCAAAAUCACAUUCACUACGAAACACAGAUGGUAUCCAAGAGCUAGGGAUAAGAAAGCUAAGAAAACGCCUAUGGAUAGGGAGUACUUGUAGUGGAAAGUUAUUGAAAUGAUUGUUCGCUAGUUGAAAAAGUUAUGUAUCAUACGUGCAGCAUAUAAUUAGGCAGACAUAUUUUUGUAAUGCACCAUAAUAAAUCCAUGAAAUAAAAUAUGUGGCCCAUGGAAA